AUGGCCGUCCGCACCACCACCCUCGUCCUCCUCACAUCCCUCCUGCCGAGGUAUGUCGCAGGUCUGCAGGUCACGCCCGACUCGCCCUGCGCCUCCUUCUGCCUCGACUCCAACGACCUCGACUACUCGGACCCCAACUCGUCAAACACCAGGAACAAGGACAUCACCUGCGAUGACAGCAAAUACCAGACAGAGAACGCAGGCCGCAAGUUCCAGCAGUGCGUGAGCUGUCUGCAGGACAGCAACUUUGUCAAGGGGGGCGAGAAUGACCAAGCCUGGUUCUUGUAUAAUAUGAGAUACUCGUUUGACUACUGCGUGUUCGGGUACCCAAACGCCACCGACACCGGCGGUGGUCCCUGCAUGACCUCCACGGCCUGCGGUGCUCUUGAGGCCGCUCUCACGGACGGCGAUCUGGACCCGUCGUCCGGGCAGUACUCAUACUGCGAUGCAGACGGCGGCGCCAUACUCGGCUCCGCCUACGACAAAUGUCUCUCCUGCGUCAGGGCAGGUGGUGAGCACUACUACCUGGCGAACUAUCUAGUAGCCCUCGGCGCAGGCUGCCAACAGAGACCAGACCCGGGGACACUCAUCGGCCUCAACCAGACCGUCUUCACAAAAGGCGUCAUCACCGUUGUCGACCCCAAGGAUGCAGCCUCUGCCGACAAGAAAAACAAUACAAGCAUCCCCAUGACGACGAUCAUCGGCAUCGUCGUGGGCGCCGUCGUGUUGCUCCUCCUCAUCGCUGGAUGCGUCUUCAUCCAGUACCGCAAACGCAGGGCUCGCCGAGGGAUCAACCCCGAGCUGUCCCGCAGAGCAAAGGGCCACCGCCCCGUCUCAUCCCUCUCCUUCCGAUGCCAGACGCACCUCACCCCCAAGACGCCAAACUUCUUCCCCGUCGAGGAGGAAGAGAUGCAGAGCGAGAAGGCCCGCAUGCAGCUCCAACAACAGCAGCAGCAGCAAGCCUACUCGCCGCAUACCACACCGCAGGACCCCUGGGCCCCAAGCACAAUGUUCUUCUACCGCUCCCCAAGCCCGACAAACCUCACCGACAAGAAACACAAAGACGCCCUCCCCCUGACAACGAUCAAAACCUCCCUCCCCAUAAUGCCCCUGAAAUCCCACUCCCCGCGCCACAACGCCUCGCCGGAAGACUACACCCCGACCUCGACAACCUCCACGGCGCCCCUCAUCCCCCUGCGCCCCUACAUCCCCUCAGAACACGGCUUCACCUCCCCGUCGACAGGCUACGCCGCGACCUUCGCCCCGCAGUCGCAGACGACGUACUCCUCCCCGACGUCGGGGAACACCGCCAGCCCGCUGAUGAGCCAGGGCGGCUGGCCCGCGCCGCAGAGGCACCACCAGAUCCCGACGAUAGACUCCCUCCCCGCCACGGAGCCGGCGAGGACCAUCGGGAUCGUCGUCAAGGACAGGGCGAGGCCGAUGCCCAAGAGGGUCACCUCGCUCGGGGGCAGCCCGGUCGAGAGCCAGAAGAUUCAGACUUCUUUUCCGCCGCCGCCGGGGGGCAAGAAGAGGUGA